UGGAUAACAGUCAAAUCUCCUCCUUCGAAAAGGAAGCUCGUACCGUUCGGUGUAAACUACCGAAUGUACACAGUUCAUUAUUGAAAGUACGAAUUUUCUGACAGGGAAACCGUGUGGCGAUGGACGUGGGAGCAUAAAAGAUGCCAGUGCCUACCAGUCGGACGUAGAAGAUGUUCAACCUGAGCGGUUUGUACUUCGUUUUCUACUGGCACAUCCGCUCGUUGAUCAAGUGGGUGCUCCGGAAGACGACGAAACUAUGCGAGCUGCAGAGGAUAUGCUACGGCAAGCAGGUCGGCUGUCCGAGGUCGUCGGCCGUCGAAUUCUCCCUCUUCUCAUCCAAGUCCGAGCACAUCAAAAACAUGAUCAAAGUGCUGAACGAUUCAGCGGCGAACAGGCAGUUGGGGGGUCGUAACCAGAAACUGAUCCUGGAACGUUCAGUGAAGACUGUGAUCAUAGUCAAGAAGAUCAACCCUGACGUGCACAGGCAGUUCGUCAAAUCAUUUACAAGGUGUUUGGAGCAUAUAUGGGGCUACAAACAACUCUACGCGGAAGUCGAAGAGCUCAGGCUCACCCAAUACGACUCGUCUUGCCCAGAACACGAGGAGAAACUGCAACGGCUUUGGACGGCCCUUUGCCCGGAGACCCCUCUCGAAGCCAGGAUAACAAAACAAUGGCAAGACAUUGGUUUCCAAGGUGACGAUCCGAAGACCGACUUCAGAGGCAUGGGCCUCCUCGGACUGGAAAACCUGCUGUUCUUCGCCGAAGAAUAUUCCAACGCUGCAAAGCACGUCUUGUUACACUCCCUUCACCCCAAGUAUGGCUACGCCUUCGCCAUAGUAGGGAUCAACCUCACCAGUCUUGCAUACCACAUAUUGAAAGACGGAGCGGCUAAAACGCACAUAUACAACAUUGCCAAGUCGAUGCCGUCGAUGAGGGUGUUCCAUCAGUUUUACUGCUACUUAUUCUACGAGUUCGACAGAUUCUGGAUCGAGGCAAAGCCUCAGGACGUUAUGCAGUUCAGCUUCAUUAAGGAUCAGUUCGAGGAAAGCAUAAGACGUCUUCUGGAGAACCCGAUGACAACUUUCAACAUAAACUUUGUCGUCAACACGGUUUAGCGUAGCUGUACCGUCUACUCAAGUGCAAUUAACGUUUUUUGUUUUUUUUCUGUUGUAUUUAAAAAUACCAUAUAUUACUAUAAUGUGAUAAUUUGUUUCUACUUCUUCUGCACUGAGACUUUAUUCUCACUGAGCUCAAUGCAGACUUUGUGUUCAAUCUAUUUACCAAUAUAUCUUAUCUAAGACUA